CACAGCGCCACCUAGCGGCCUGGCACGAGAAGGCGGUCUCCGUGCGUCGCGUUUGAUGACGUCAUAAGCAGUGGCCUCCUGGUGCUGAAGCUGAGAGAAUGCCUCCAAAAGGGAAGAGCGGCGGGAAAGCCGGAAAGGGUGGAGCAUCAUCAUCAAGUGGCGAUGCUGCUGAUAAGAAAGCCCAAGGCCCCAAAGGAGGUGGCAGUUCUGUGAAGGUGAGGCAUAUUCUGUGUGAAAAGCAAAGCAGAGCCUUGGAAGCCAUGGAAAAACUAAAGGCUGGAGUGCGUUUCAGUGAAGUAGCCUCCCAAUAUAGUGAGGACAAAGCCAGGCAAGGGGGCGACUUGGGUUGGAUGACCAGAGGUUCCAUGGUGGGACCUUUCCAGGAAGCAGCCUUUGCUUUGCCAGUCAGCAGCAUGGACAAACCUGUGUACACAGACCCUCCGGUCAAAACCAAGUUUGGCUAUCACAUCAUCAUGGUUGAAGGACGAAAAUAAACAUGUGCCGUGCAACGCUAA